GCCACUCCCCUUGGCGCCUGCGCACCUUGCGGAGUCCUUGAUCCUCGGAAGCCUAGACAGGGAGCAGAGUGGGUCACAUCUACGAAAGCAAAAUGCACAGUUGGAGCCGCGUGUAUUGCACCAUAAGCAAGAAGGCUCACUUAAAGCACGUCACUCCUGGGUUGAAAAGAAUAUGUGCUGUGCCGCUCCGAACCUACUCCGACCAACCAUUGGAUGCUGAUGUCACAGUUAUUGGCUCUGGUCCAGGAGGUUAUGUCGCUGCAAUCAAAGCCGCCCAACUGGGCUUCCAGACUGUUUGUGUGGAGAAGAAUGAAACUCUUGGUGGAACCUGUCUAAACGUUGGAUGUAUUCCAUCUAAGGCUUUGCUGAACAACUCCUAUCUCUAUCAUUUAGCGCAUGGAAAGGAUUUUGCAAGCAGAGGAAUUGAAGUGACCGGGAUCCAUUUAAAUCUAGAGAAGAUGAUGGAACAGAAAAGUGGGGCCGUAAAGUCACUUACAGGGGGCAUUGCUCAUCUGUUUAAACAGAAUAAGGUUGCACAUGUUCAAGGCUAUGGAAAAAUCACAGGGAAAAACCAAGUGACUGCAACAAAAGCAGAUGGCAGCACGCAAGUCAUCAACACAAAGAACAUCCUUAUAGCAACUGGAUCCGAAGUUACUCCUUUUCCAGGAAUUGAGAUUGAUGAAGAAACUGUAGUAUCAUCCACUGGUGCAUUAUCGCUGAAGAAAGUGCCUGAGAAGAUGGUGGUCAUUGGUGGUGGUGUAAUUGGUGUUGAACUGGGUUCUGUGUGGCAACGAUUAGGAGCAGAUGUUACAGCAGUUGAAUUUUUGGGACACGUUGGUGGAAUAGGGAUUGACAUGGAAAUCUCCAAAAAUUUCCAGAGAAUCCUUCAAAAACAGGGUCUGAAAUUUAAGCUGAACACAAAGGUCACUCGUGCGACUAGGACAGCAGAUGGGAAAAUUGAUGUUUCUGUUGAAGCAGCAGCUGGUGGAAAGGAAGCGGUAAUAACCUGUGAUGUGUUACUUGUGUGCAUCGGUCGCCGUCCCUUCACCCAAAAUCUUGGUUUGCAAGACCUUGGAAUUGAGCUGGAUAACAGGGGGAGGAUCCCAAUCAACUCUAGAUUCCAGACAAAAAUCCCAAAUAUAUAUGCGAUUGGUGAUGUAGUAGCUGGACCAAUGUUGGCCCAUAAAGCUGAAGAUGAAGGUAUAAUUUGUGUUGAAGGGAUGGCCGGUGGAGCAGUCCACAUUGACUACAACUGUGUGCCAUCUGUGAUCUACACUCACCCUGAGGUGUCUUGGAUUGGAAAAACUGAAGAACAGUUAAAAGAAGAGGGUGUGGAAUACAAAGUUGGGAAGUUUCCUUUUGCUGCCAACAGUAGGGCUAAGACAAAUGCAGACACAGACGGCUUGGUGAAAAUUCUGAGUCAUAAGUCAACUGACAGAAUGCUGGGAGCACACAUCCUCGGAUCAGGUGCCGGAGAAAUGAUUAAUGAAGCUGCUCUUGCCAUGGAAUAUGGUGCCUCCUGUGAAGAUAUAGCCAGAGUGUGCCAUGCCCAUCCUACUGUAUCAGAAGCCUUCAGGGAAGCGAACCUGGCAGCAUCGUUUGGGAAAGCCAUUAAUUUUUAAGUGGACGGAGAAAGCUGUUGUGUGUACAUAGGUUUCUUAUAAAGAUCCGUGGCAGGCUGCUAGAUGUCUGUCAAUGUUUAAUACUCAGUCCAACGGACUCUUGUCAAAUCCAAGUAUUUAACGUUAUGUUUGGAGCCAGGAAUGUACAUGACUAAGACCCAUGUACAAUGCACUUAAUAUAAAUGUUGGUUGGUAAUACACACAGGAAACACUAUUGUGGAAGCCAAAUUUUUACAGUGAAAAUUCAACGCGAAAGAGCUGUAAUCUAGUUGUCAUCUGUCUAAAGGAGAUGUAUUCAUACUUUCACGCUGAGUCUGUGUCUUUUAUUCUGUUUGUGGUGUGAUCUCAUGUUUUCUGAACUCCAAAUAUCAACAUCAUAUCAGGAUUUAAACCAUGAUUGUCCAAGUAGCUUUCAUUAUAAACAUUUCUUAUACGUG